AUGGCCGAUCGUGACACAGCCCUCCGCGACGUGAAAUUAUUUAUCCGCGAAGUCGUUCGUACCGACUGGGAAUUCACCGCUGAUCCAAAUGGCCCUAACUACAUCUCACUACCCUCCGAAGAUGAUGAUUCAAUCGGUACCCUCCAUGCGAAUCGCCCCGUCUUAGAAUGGCGGUCCCGAGAAUUCGACAGCUCAGGCUCAGAGCUCGAACCACCAUCAUCCGACGAUGAGUCCGAAAGUGAUAUUCCCACCGCAAACGGUGACCCAGAGAUCGAUUUGCGACGCAAACGCCGCCGUCAGAUGGACGAAGAAAUGGCUUGGAACGAAGGAUUACGGAUGUGGAUGGCCAGGCGCGACGUGUGGUCGGGAGCUAGGACACGCCGACAGAUUCAAGCCAAAGAGAAGAAGGACACCCUCUUGAAAACCCAGACCAGCGAACCGGCUGAAACUGGUGUCGACAGUCGCGCGGAUUCCGGGGUGGACGCGGGUGCUGCAUUGCCCCAGCCGCGCUCGGUUUCCCCGCACUCGGAUCCUCAAAGUCAAAAUGAAGCCACCGUGACCGAUGCGCCGGGCCUGGUUGCUAAGAUGAACACCUCCAUGUCAAUCGCGGAGCGGGAAAAAACCGAAGACUGCUCACGUCGACAAGACCAGGACGAGGAGCAAUCUACCGCCCCAGAGGACGAAGCGAAGCGCAAGGAGUCCACCCAAACUAGCAUCACCGAGCCCGAGUCCUCUGGCGAGGCACCUGAUUUUUCCGCCAUCGACGAUGACGAGGAGGAGUAUGAUGAAGAACUUGAUGAGCCUCUCAUUCCUGUCGCUCCGCCUUUCCUCUCACCGGAAAACCCCAUUCGCGCCACCAUAAACUCAUCCAUUUACCCCUCCAUUUAUACCAAAGUGGUAGUACAAGGGAUGACCCCUACCGUGCCUGUCAAUCUUGCCGAUUUGACCAAAGCAAUGGUUCAGGGCUGGAAAGCCGAUGGGCAAUGGCCGCCCAAACCUGCAGUGACGAGCAUUGUUCUCGAAGAUACCGCGACUGUGAAAAGAAGCUCCGAUACUACCGACGCCCCACAAUCAAGGCGAAAGAACAGCAUCACAAACGCCAUGCGCAAGGUAUUCCACUUGGGCUCACACCCUUUUCAUCGACACGGGUCGACUAGCCAAGAUGGUGGAAGUGGCGCUGCGCCUGGUAGCGGGUCCGUUAUCUAG